UCAGUUGCUGACAAGUCUCUUUGUCCUCAGUACGUGGUCAAUCAUCAACUCAACUAUCACUUUGUUCGCGUCUCACUUUCGCUUCACUUUCAGCUCCUUCCCAUCAGGUUCUGUUUAAACAAGGCAACGCGUGCGUCAUUUGAAGCGCAACAGACAGUAGUGAAUAAACAAAAAGUUUCACCCCCGGAUUUUCUGCCUUCGCCACCUGCACCAGUCUCUCGAUCUCAUCAAAACUCCACCUUCGACUUCCAUCAUGUCAACAUGACUCGCUACAUGCGGUGACUGAUGACACUGUACUGCUUGCAUCGAUCUCGCCUCGUUGCAUGAUCGCCUUGCCUUGCUACUGGCCGCACUACCUUUCUUCCGGGGUCGCCUUUUGGCACGCCGUUGCCUGUCGCACACAAGUUCCUUUGCCGAAGGCGCCUCAUUAUGGCCGACAAUACGGAUCUCCAGGUCGUUGCAGAGAUCGAUGACAUUCGAGAUGACAUUGCUCUUAAUGAGGGCCUUCUCGCAAGUCUGAGAGAAUACGAAAACGAGGAAAGCGAUGACGAAAAUAGCAAGAAAGUCAUAAAAUCACACCUGAAAGCAUUGAACAAGCGUCUACGCGCCCUUCAAGCAACCCACGAAGAGCAUCGGUCACCCAAUCAACAAGAUCGUCCACGGUCGCCAGAUGAAGCAGUCGAGCGACCUGGCAGCAGUCACUCAAUGUCCUUACCAGGCAGUAUGCAGCACUCAAGCUCCAGCCAAGCCAGCCGAAAGCGGCCACGAGAGGAUUCCUUCCGCGACGACGGCGUUAUCAUGUCUAGCAAAUCACGUCGGACCACUCCCAGCUCAGCCAUGAGCGAUGCCCCGUCGCCAGCCGAUACUACCGAUAGUUUCGAUAGUUCCGAUCUACCCUUGCUGGACUCGCUCUUUGAUUCGAAACAAGAGGCAAGACGCAUGCGAGACCUUCACAAGCGGCACGAAGAGAGAAAAAGACAAGAAGAAGCAGAUGCAGAGUUCGCUAGGAGUCUUUCUCAACAAUGGAGUCAGCAUGAACCCGGCAGAUCAACUCCGGAACCACAUACUAGCAAUCGUCCAUUAGAUUAUACGCAAGCGCUCUUCAGAAACGACGGUACCAUCAAUCGCCGCUUUGGUGCUGCUGGAAUGACCGGUACUGGAGCAGCAUCUUCCAUGUCUUCUAAGCAAGACCAGACCCCCAAGGCAGAACAAAUGCCGCCAAUGCAAUCAAGGCCUUCUUUGAGCCAGGGCUUGUCCCCUUCUUAUGGUGCGGCCAUGUCCGGUAGAACCAUUCCUCUGAGGCAAGAGCCAACAUUGCUCAACGGUUCCAGCUCGACACAUAUCAAGUAUGAGCCUCUUACAUCGCACCACGCACCCACCAUGCCAGGCAGCUUUCCAGCACAGUAUCCCCUGGCGAGUAUCGGCGGGACCUCUGUUUAUACAUCACCGUUCACUAGCGCAACAUCCGCUUUGAACAGCUCUCCACAGACUUACGGCCCCGCGCUUACAUACAACGGCCGUCCCACGACCCAACCGGGCCUGAUGCCUGGAGAGAUGACGGCGGAUCGUUUGGCCUACUUGCGUGCCGAGGCAGGCGACUCAGCCAACACAAAGGAAGAGAUUGAAAAUCUUCUCAAGCAUAUCAGACCUGAUGAGGAGUUCACCACAGGACAGCUGGCUGCACAGCCGCAAUACCUUGAUGCGACUCUCAUGGCCCACCAGCAGUAUGGUCUUACCUGGAUGAUCAAGAUGGAGGAAGGGACUAACAAAGGCGGUAUCCUCGCGGAUGACAUGGGAUUGGGCAAAACCAUUCAGAGUAUCGCAUUGAUGCUGAGCAGACCGCCAUCUGAGGGCAACCUUCGUCCCACGCUUGUGGUGGCGCCUGUCGCGCUAAUGCAACAGUGGCAGCGAGAGCUAGAGAAAAUGGUUCACCACCGACAUCCCCUGGACGUUUUGGUCCUGCAUGGAGAAAAAAGAACCACGACAUGGUCUAAUUUGAAAGCCUAUGACGUUGUCUUGACCACAUAUGGCCGUCUCGCUUCUGAACUCAAACGCAAGGCAGCGUGGGAUGAAAAAGUAAAGAGGGUUCCCGAUGCUAGACCAUCUCCUGCAGAGGAGUGUCCCAUCCUUGGUGAUCGAUCCCACUUCCACCGAGUAAUCUUGGAUGAAGCACAAAACAUCAAGAGUCAAAAAGCCAAAUCUGCCUUGGCUGCCUGUCAAAUCAAAAGCGACCAUCGUUGGGCACUCACAGGCACGCCAAUGCAAAAUAAUGUCGAGGAACUGUUCAGUCUAGUCAAAUUUUGUCGAAUUCGGCCUUAUUGUGAAUGGAACCAGUUCAAAAAUCAUAUUUCGGCGCCAUUGAAAGGAAGAUGGCAGGAGGCAAAGGACAAGGCGAUGGUCACCCUUCAGGCCUUUCUUCGGGCGAUUCUGCUGCGACGAACAAAGAAGUCGAAGAUCAACGGCCAACCGAUCCUCCAACUCCCUCCCAAAACAACGAUCGAGGACAGAGUCAUUUUCAGCAGUGAUGAGUUAACGUUCUACAAAGGGUUGGAGAAACAAGCACAGAUACAGAUCAACAAGUACCUUCGCAAUGGUUCCAUCGGACGAAAUUACUCCCAUGCCCUGGUACUGCUCUUACGCCUGCGACAAGCUUGUUGUCAUCCUCACCUUGUCACUUCGAGCAAGGAUUUCAGCCAAACAGCGGGCAAUUUGGACGCAAAUGAUCUCAUCACCAAUGCCAGGGAACUGGAUGCCAAAGUCGUUGAUCGCUUGAAGAAGGAGGAACAUAGUUUCGACUGCCCAAUCUGCAUGGACGUGGACGAGAAUCCGGCACUUUUCCCCUGCGGCCAUACCUUGUGCAAUGAUUGCCUCAGUCGACUUGUCGAUCAAGCAGCCAACGAUACCGAAGCCCGUCCAAAGUGUCCCCAUUGUCGUGCUCAGAUUGAUGCGAACAAGAUUACAGAUGUGGUCAGUUUCAAUCGCGUUCACUGCCCAGAUAAGGAGGGUGUCGAGCCGCUUCGUGACGAGGAUGAUUUGGAAUCUGAUACCUGUUCUGAUACCGAUUCUGAAUCUGAUGAUGAAGACGAUUCUGACGACGGAGAUGAUCUCAACGGCUUUAUUGUGCCCGAUAAUUUCGAGGACGAUUCUGCGUUGGACUCCGAUGUUAAGGGAAAGAAGCCGGCGAAAGCCCAGAAGUCUUUCGAUUCCAAGAAGCACAAGAAGCGAUCAAAGCCGAAAAAUAUGAUGAAGUCUCGUGAUGCGUUCAAAAGCCUUGCAGAAUUACGCAAAGAUGGACUCCAGAACAGACAAGCGAAACGCAAAUAUCUGAGACGCCUCCAGAAGAAUUACCAGCCUUCUGCGAAAAUCGAGAAGACGAUGGAACUGCUCGAGGAAAUCAGAGAUCGUGGAGAGAAUGAGAAGACGAUUAUCUUCUCUUUCUUUACGUCUUUCCUUGAUUUGCUAGAGGUGCCGCUCAACAAGAGCAAGGACUUCCGCCGCUAUGUCCGCUAUGAUGGCUCAAUGUCGUCGAACCACCGCAAUGCUGCAGUUCUCGAGUUCACGGAGAGUCCUAAGUGCACCGUCAUUCUGGUCAGUCUUAAGGCUGGCAAUGCUGGAUUGAAUCUCACCACGGCAAAUCACGUAAUCAUGCUUGACCCCUUUUGGAAUCCAUUCGUUGAGUAUCAAGCAGCAGAUCGUUGCCACAGAAUCGGCCAGAAACGUGAAGUUACUGUUCACCGCGUCCUCAUCGGUGAGGGCGAGGGAGCUACGAAGGAGUCGGAAUCGGAAGGAUUCACAGUAGAAGAUCGAAUCCUUGCGCUCCAAGAGAAGAAAAAACAACUGGUAGAGACCGCGCUGGACGAGGCUGCUGGAAGGGGUGUUGCAAGACUGGGUGUUCGGGAGUUGGGUUACUUGUUUGGCAUCAAUGGGCUUGAUUGAAGUCAUGCUGAAACGUUUUCAUGUGCGUGAGAGGUGUGGAAGGGCGUCGCACAAUUGCUACUACGACUUUUCGAGCCAUCGGGCUCGUUUCUCACCUGC